CUCUCACAAAGACUCCUCUGUCUCAACAAACACGGCGUGUACAGUAUUCCACGCAGUACUGAAAACGAUAACAGCAACAGAAGAUAUUGUCAGUGUAUGUUAAUCCUAAAUCUUACGUCAUCAUCAACAUGAGCUGAUUAUUUAUUUAUUUAUUUAUUUAUUUAUUUAUUUAUUAUUUUCUGGGGACACACACACACACACACACACACAAAAAGCUUCUGACUCAAAGUAAAUGCCAGAUUUACAUUUGACACACUCGUGUACUGUCCGGUACCCGGCAGUGCCUCGUUGCUUUGUGAACUGUAGUGACGACACAAGCUUGUGUGUUUGUGUGUGUGUGUGAGUGUGCGUGUGUGAGUACGAAGAGGGUCUUACACACUCGGGCAGCGUUAUCAUCAUAACUCGUUACAUAAGGAAACUUUCUGGUAUCAAAAGGAGAUGCAGUGGUGCAAAUGGGCUGGCAAAUGGAAAUCUUCCUCACCGCGACAGUCCGCAGGAGCGCAGGAAGACGACACCUACGAUUUCCUAUUCAAGAUUAUCUUCAUCGGAGACAGCGACGUGGGAAAGACGUGCAUCAUCCACAGCUUUAAGUCUGGAGAGUUUAGAGGAAAUCAGCAUAACACUAUCGGUGUAGACUUCACCGUGCAUACCGUCGAUAUAGAUGGCAAGAAGGUGAAGAUGCAGAUCUGGGACACGGCUGGACAGGAGCGUUUCCGCACCAUCACACACAAUCACUACCGCAGUGCUCAUGGGGCUAUGAUCACUUACGACCUGACACGCCGUUCCACCUUCGACUCGCUACCUCACUGGAUACAUGCAGUAGAACAGUAUGGAGUUGCCAAUGUAGUCUUUGUACUAAUAGGUAAUAAAUGCGACCUGCGGCCCCACCGACAGGUGUUGUUUGAGGACGCCUGUACUCUGGCUGAACAGAAGGGCGCUCUGGCUGCCUUGGAGACGUCCGCUAAGGAGAACCAUAACGUACAAGAAGCUUUUGAGUUAAUGGCACGAGAGCUGAUAGCACGAACCGGAGGUCUAGUCCGUCAGGAAGCCCCGACAGAUUCCCCAAAUCUCCUUCUACACACCGAGACUCACCCGAUCGAUGACGUGGAGUCUCUAGACAAGAAAUCUUGUGAUUGCUGAAAUUACAUUAUAAAGAAACGACGCUUUCAGAGACGUCUUCGGGAUCGUUCUCUAAACACGAGCAUCAACUUUUAGGUUCAGAGGAGAAAUGGUGACAGAUACUCCCAUGUCCGACACUUACUACAUAAUGUCUCAGACAGUACAUACACACAUGGGGUAAUACAUGUAUAUACUAUAUGUUUAAUUUAUAUUUUAACUUAUAAAUUAACUUAAACAUUUUGUGUUCUUUCCCCCAUGUUAAUGAGAAAUAAAGCGAAGAAACGCUUCAUAUUUGAAGGUCUUAUCAAAUUUAUUUUUCAUAAAAUAAAAGACUCCCGUUUUAUAAACGGCAGAUGGCAAAAUAA